AUGAAGAUUAAGGUGCUGUCGCGAUCGGAAGUGCAGUUCACGCGCGAGCGAAAGCAAGAUGUGCAAAAAGUGCACAGGAAUCUCGACCCAGCCUUACACCCUCUCGAGAAGGCGAAGGAGUAUCAACGCGCGCUCAACGCCGUGAAGCUAGACAAGGUGUUUGCCAAGCCGUUCAUGGGCGCUCUUGGUAGCCACGCGGACGGCGUCUCCGCCAUGGCGAGGAGCCCCGUCAGACUCAACUGCGUUGUUUCCGCCUCCAUGGACGGAGAUGUGCGUUUAUGGGACGUCCCUUACAAGCGCACGCUGUGCCGGUUUGUUGGGCACAGCAGGGCAGUGAGGGGCGUGGCGAUCUCGUCAGACGGGGAGACAAUGCUGUCCUGUGGUGAUGACUGCACCGUGCGCCUGUGGCAGCUACCAGCACCGGAGAUCAAGGAGUUGGGGGUGGCAGGGGGGGACGAGGAGCACGAAGCUGUUGCCACCUUCCAAGGGAAAAACGCCUUCAGAGCAGUGGACCAUAAAUGGAAGGGGCGGGUGUUUGCCACAGCAGGCGCGCAGGUGGACGUGUGGGAGCACAGCCGCUCGGACCCCAUAGCCACGUUCACAUGGGGCGCUGACUCCGUCUACUCCGUUCGCUUCAACCCUGCCGAGCCUGAUGUGUUUGCUACCACCGGCAGUGAUCGCAGCAUUUGCCUCUAUGACCUCCGCAUGUCCACACCGCUGAGAAAAGUGAUCAUGCAGACCAAGACCAACUCGCUGGCUUGGAAUCCUCGAGAGCCUCUCAACUUCACUGCGGGGAAUGAGAACGGCUGCUGCUACUCAUACGACAUGCGCAAACUCAGCACCGCCUCAUUCAUGCACAAGGACCAUGUCUCUGCUGUUAUGGACAUAGACUAUUCGCCAACAGGAAGGGAGUUUGUCACAGGAUCAUAUGACAGAACUGUGCGGAUAUUCCCGUAUGACGGCAUCAAAAGUCGAGAGGUCUACCACACCAAGCGCAUGCAACGGGUGUUCUGUGUGCGGUUCAGUGGUGACGGCUCGUACGUGCUGUCAGGCAGUGACGAUGCCAACAUCCGCCUCUGGAAGGCGCAGGCCUCGCAGCAACUGGGCAUACAGGUGAAGCGGGAGAAGCGCAGGGCAGAGUACAAUGCAGCACUGGUGGAGAGGCACCAACACCUGCCUGAGAUUCGCCGCAUCCACAAUCACCGGCACGUGCCCCGGCCCAUUCACAAUGCCAUCAAGCUGCGGGCGACGAUGGUGGCAGCAGAGAAGCGCAAGGAGGAGAACCGGCAGCGGUUCAAGAAGAAGAGCAAGGGCGUGGAAAAGAAGGACAAUAAGAAGAAGGGCGAGCGCAGGAAUAAGAUCAUUGCAGAGCUGGAGACCCACUCUAUCCGCUUCCCACUGGUGGCAAAGCGUCUGGCGUGCAUGGUUCUGGCUGGUACUGCUUCUGCCAAUGUGCUCCAGCCGCUGUGCCAUGUGGCAGAGAGUGGCGACAGCGCUGCCAUGCCCGUAAUAUGGCGGCAGGAGCAUGCAUACAUCCACUCGGCACUCUCCUCUCUCCUCACAACCGCACAGGCAGCAGGGCAGGGAACAGUCCGCUCCCUUUUAUUCUUCACCCCUCACUGGUACGCCUCUCUCCUAGCCCGUCUGCAUCUCAACGCCUUCCGCAUCGCGCCACUGCUCUCAGUCACCACUGCAGCAGCGGCUGAGCACUCUCUCUUGGACUCAACCAUGCAGGACAGCAUCUCUCUCUCCGCAGCAGCACUCUUCCGAGCGGCGAGUGCGGCAGUGACGGGCGACGAGGCAGUCGGCACGGGGGUGUAUCUCCUCGCUUCCUUCUUCAACCAUGACUGUGGUGCGUGCGUGCUCUCUGCUUGA